GGGUUUUGGCACUUUUUUGUGUCCGAGGGGGUGGGGGAUUUGUUGUUUUUUGUUGCAUCAGUUUUGCCCGUGGGGUGGGGGAUUAGUAAGGUUUUGACAUUCGUGGACGAGCGAGGACUGAGGCGAGUGAGUCGCACCCAUGUGCUUUAGGCGGAUUCAAGAUGGACGACAUUAAGAUUCUCGUAGAGUUUGGAGUCUCCAAAAAAGUGCUGACCAGCUCUGGAGAGCACCAUGAAGUAAUCAAUGUUAUUAAAACUGCUUUUAAUAUCAAAGAAGAGAUUUUUCUACAAAAGUUUGACCAGGAUUGGCAGGAGUACAUUGAUUUUCCAGAAGGAAAGUUUGAAAACAAAGCAAGAGUAAAGGUUAUAUUGAAGCCAAAUAAAGAGGUUCCAGACACCCCAGCAACAGCAACACCAAGCAGCACAUGUACUAUAUCAACAACAGGUAAUCCCUUAAGACAAGAGGCACAGGUGCAGGCUACUCUUCUAAUCAACAAUGGGAAAAUCCAAGUUGGCCCAAAAGCCAAGGUUUGUGAUAUUAUAUUGUCAGACCCAUGA